CUCUGUGAGUUUCGUUUUUGGAGAAGUGAGCGCACGCACUGUAUAUCAGAGAGAUGCAGCUCGCGCUCCUUCACUCACACCUCAGCACUCACAGCGCGCGCUCACAGCUCUGCUCAGACGCCCCCUCAGACUCCUGACCAUGGAGACCAGGAGCACCAGCAGCUGGAUGUGUCUGUACCCCAUCAUGUGGCUCUGGCUCAUCUCCUAUGCUGGCUCAUCUCCAGUCUCCUCAGUUGUUCACACAUGGUCAGGAGUUGGACUUCAGGCUAUCCUGCCCUGUACAUGGAAGUCACGUGUGGGAGCUUCAUCCCAGUUACCGUACAUCCAGUGGGAAACUGUGACCGACACCGUGUUUGAACGGAUCGGAGAGCGGAGCUUUCAGGGUGAAGCCUUUAGGAAUCGGGUGGAUGUCCCCAUGGAGAUGCUAGAAGAAGGAAACUGCUCCCUGUUUUUCACAGAUGUCCAGUUCGGUGACGCUGGUAUUUAUGAGAGCUAUCUGGUGGUUGGUCAGACAAGGAUCAAAAAAAGGAUUUUCCUCCAGAGCGUCCAGCUUUUAGUGUUUGAUCAUAAGCUUAGGUCUUCAGUGGAGAGUGGAAAAGACCUGUACUUGGAAACAUACACGAGCCAUGCUGAGACGCUGGUGUUCGAGAGCAGCGAGGGCUAUGGGUGGAUCGAGUUGUGGCAGCGAAGUAAAGAGAGAAACAAGAAUGGUACAUCCCGAGUGGAGGAGGUCGAGGGGAAGCUGGUGGUCAGGAGCGUCAGCGCCAGUGACAGCGGGAUCUACAAGGUGCUGGAUGCUGAUGGGCUAGCACUGAGCACAGUGAGGGUCUCAGUCACAGAUCCUGCCCCAACCAAAGCAACAGUUGUGUUUGAAAAGCAGAGCACUUUCAGCAGUGUCAGUCUGAACAGUCCAUCUCUCUGUGUUACUGCUUCCCUGCUGCUCUCCGCUCUCAUCCUGAAUCUCCUCUGCCUGGCCGUGUGACGGUGGGUGGAGCUGAUCGACUGCUGAUGAAAAUCAGAACGAGUGGUUGAGGCAGUGGCUCAGUGGGACGGGGCUCCACGCCCUGAACCCCAGGGUUAGCGGUGCCAAUACCAACUAAGGUACCAGGAGCAUUGAGUAGUAGAGAGUCGCCGAGUCAAACGUCCACUGCCUUUGUGCUCUUGAGCAAAGCACGUAACCCUUAUUUGCUCCAGGGGUCCCAAUAUGGACCCUGUCUAAUCAAGCAUGUGGCUAACUAUCAUACUAGCUUUUGUUUGGUUUCUGUGGGGUUUAUUUCAUGAAAAGCUGUAAUUGUAGCAUUUUCUUAAACAUGUACCUGCUAGACCUGCACAGAUGGUGAGUUACUGAUGUUUGGGUGGUGGACCACUCAACCUAGCAAUGAUAACGACUGAAAACUCCAGCAGCACCGCUGUGCCUGAUACACACAACCACCAGCUCAACAUUUGCAUUCUUUAACAGUAAAUUAACUCAAAUAAGUUCAAGUCAGCACUGGGGAUGUGCAUGGAUACCCAGCUUACUGUGCCAAUGUUUAAACUCUGAAGUCAUUAGGCUGCCUCUUGAAAACCCUGAGAAAAUAUACAGGCCAACAAUUCAGAGAAAUGCUAUUUUUUUGUUUUAACAAAACUCUAAAGUGUGCUCAUAUUUUUCAGCAUAAAAUGCUGAACUUGGCUGCUAAAACAGACGUGUGCAUUAUGAAGGAAACAUUGUUAAAGACGUGACCGAGAAGGCAGAGCUAGCACAGCUGUAUUGCUAACUACUGGCUGACAGCCAGGUCCAGAAAUGAAAAUACACGUUUCUGACAAACUAGCAUGCCUACGCAUCGUCCACCGAGGAGAAAAGUCCUAAUAUAGAAGAAAACAAGUCCUUACCAGCAUCUAGCAUUGUUAGCUGUACUAGCAUUGGCUCAUCUGAAGAGGCAGCCUCUGUUAUGUAUCCUUCAUGAAGACCUACUGACUUCCCCCAGAUAUUUUCAAAUCUCUUUCACGUUUUCACUCUUAUGUCAUUCAAAUUUACCCUAAAUUGAGUCUCAACUUGAUUGGGACUUACCACUAAAGCCACUGAUAGUAUACGAACAAAACCAAGAUUUGAAUAAAACCGUCCAUUUUCUGCCCUGUGUUAUUAUAUUCUAUUAUAUUAUUUUAUAUUAUAUUAUUAUUAUUUUAUAUUAUUAUUCUAUUCUAUUAUUAUAUUAUAUUCUGCCCUGUGUUAUUAAAUUCUAUUAUAUUUGAUUAUAUUAUUUUAUAUUAUAUUAUUAUUAUUAUUAUAUAUUAUUAUUCUAUUAUAUUAUUCUAUUAUAUUAUAUUCUGCCCUGUGUUACUUAUAUUCUUGGUUUUGCUAGUUAUGCACAGUCAUUACUGUAUUACUACUCUCCUCUGUCUGCAGUGAAGAGUUUAAUACGACUUCAAAUAAUGAGACUUUCAUUACAGAACAAACUUCAGUCUGACAGACAGAGUGAAGCGCUACAUGCAGUAAACGUGGUGUUUUAAUCAAAGAGGCAAAGCAACUUGAACCUGUUGCCUAGUUUGGAUAGCAAGUAUGCUAGCUAGCACAGUAGCUUGUUUAGCGGAUGUCAGCUAAUCUAGCUGAAGCUUUAUUAAGUGACCGAUCACGUUCCUUUUACAUUUACUAAAACACCCUGACAGCAAGAGGAUAGUAGACCCCUGUUGGCCCGCUGAUGGCAAAGCUGGCGGUGCGCUGUUUGGUGUUUUCUGGAUGGCCCACCAAUGUUUAAGCAGAGUAAUAGACAAAAUCCCACUUAUUUAUUAUUAUCCCGCUCCUUUUCUACUCAUAGUCCAAUUUACUUUACCAGCUUUCUUAUACAUUGCACAUUAGUUUAGCAGAUUAUUUUCAUCAGUAAAAUAGUGUCAGCAAUGUUGUCUAUAAAACCAUUCAGAUCAUGUCUCUGUUUCAGGAGAUUGAACUAGUUAGAGCUUGUAGGUAGGACAGUAAUCUGGGUGGUCCGAGGGUGGACCAGCAGUGGCAAAUAGCCCGCCGGCCUUAUCAAGCCAGUGGGCCGAUAUAUGCUCACUGUCUGCGAGCUUGAUCUGCUACUGCGAUAGCUAGAUAGUAUACUUGCUGUUCAAACCGUUUCAGGUUGUUUCUCUUUAUACACUGCAUUUCCUGUGUGUAGCACUUCAGUUCGGCCCUUCAGUCUUUUCCUGUAAUGAAAAGCUGGUUAUCUGAAGCUGAUGGGUCUUCAGUAGAGGUAUACUGUUGUACAAAGCAAAACCCAGAACAGCGUCAUUUCAUGCUACUGUCAGUUGGCUUGUGCUGGUCUUUUGCUGGUUUAGCUGGUUAACCAGUAUGGUCAUGCUGUGGUUGGCCAACAAACCAACUGCUACACUGAUCUGUGCUGGUUUUCCUAGUCAGGGUGGCUGCAGUUGGUAACUAGAUCAAACUACAGUUCUCAGUUAAAGAGACUCAGUUAUUUCUGUAUUUAGGUAUUUAGUCUGUAUUUAGUGUCUAAUAAAAACUAUGAGAAGAACUGUGGACAACAUGCUGCACUCAGAGUGAAACAGUAGAGAUUGCACAACCACAAUAUUAUAUCUGUUACAAGAGAAACUACAUUCAGUUGAUACCGUCUUAUUGGACGUAUAACUUACUAACAUAUCAUAGUAACACUUUCACACAGUGCCAUGCUACCUGCCACGUCAGGGUCACUGCAGUGCGGAGAACGGUCCACCACCCAAACAUUUAAAAUGUACAAUUAUGUAAUUAUCUCCAAUAAUCUCUUUUCAAGAGAAUGUUAAAUGUUAAUUAAAUUCUGUGUACGUUCUCUUUCUAAUUAUUAUUAUAGGAUUAUUAUAUGAAUUGAUUUACUGGUGUUUUAUAUUAUUUAUAAAAUCUGCUAAUAAAUACAGCCCAAUUACA